AAAGAGGAGAGGCGCAAGAUGAAAGAUCUGUUAGCGGAAUUCCAAGUGGGCAUGGAUGUCAACUCCAUUACAGAAGAAGGGGUAAAGAAAAGAAUUGUGGUGGCUGCUCGUGAUAACUGGGCCAGCUAUUUCUCUCGCUUUUUUCCAGUAAAAGGAGAAAAUGGAAGUGAUGUCCAGAUACUGGGUGUUUCUCACCGGGGAGUGCAGCUGUUGAAGAAAUCCAAAGAAGCCAGUUUCAGUCCCAAACAUCUGAAAAUCCUUUGCAGCUUUAGUUUUGCAGAUGUGCUCUCCUUGGAGCUGAUAGGUUGGAAUAUCCUUCAGUUCUCUCUGAAGAAUGAGCAGCUCAUACUUCACUCUCCAAAAGCCCAGCAGGUUAAGGUUACAGUGGAAAUCUUCCUGAAAGAACUGAAACAGGAUUCCAACUAUGUCAUUGCUAUGCGUAGCUAUAUCACAGAUGACAAGAGCCUCUUAAAUUUCAAGAAAGGUGAUUUCAUUCGACUACUUCCCAUGAAGGGACUGGAGCCAGGUUGGCAGUUUGGUUCUAUUGGCGGGCGCUCUGGCCUUUUCCCUUCUGGAAUGGUGCAGGUUGUGGCAGCUCCUGAUUACCUCAACCUUCACAUGAAUCAACAGGAAGAAGUCCGAACAGGCUGGAAGAAAAACACACAGGACAGAAUAGUUAACAAGGAGAAUUCUAUCCCCAGCACAGAGUCAGAAGUUACCACCCCUAGCACACCUAUGAACCCUCUAGAUGUUUGCCACUACACUAUGAAGGAGUUUGCAAUGGCACAUUUCCGAGAAGCCCAAUCCGUGCUAGAAUGGAAGGGCGUAGAUGUUGAACAGAAGGACCCCACUGUCUUGGUUCAGCAUACAAAGGUGCCAAUCCAGGAAGCUCUCCUGUUCCAUUCUGAUGACGAGUUGAGUGGCUUGGCUACAAAAAAUUUUAUGACUCUGAUGAGGUUGAUGGGAGACCAGCCAGGCCUCAAGAAACAAAAUGAGAUGGAUUAUUUCUAUGAAAUCCUUCAGCUGUGCAAAGAGAAGGAGAAUCUGCAUGAUGAGGUUUACUGCCAGGUGAUCAAGCAGAUCACUGAGAACCCAAAUCCAGACAGUUGCCACCGUGGCUGGCAGCUCCUCAGCCUUUUGACUGGAUACUUCCUCCCAUCCAGCACCUUGAUGCCUUACGUCAUCAAGUUUUUGCAGCAGGCCUGUUCUGAUAAUACUACCCAUUGCUCAGGAAUGGCCAGGGAUUGCCACAGCAACCUGAGGAAAACUAUUUUGUAUGGAGGCCGUCAACACUUGCCAUUCGGGGUAGAGAUGACAGCAUUUCUGAAGGGACACAGUUCACGCCGGAUAUCAGUCAUCCUACCUGGAGGUCUAGAAUAUAAUGCAAAGAUUAAGACAUUCACG